AUGGAAAAUUACCAGAAGCUGGAAAAGGUCGGUGAGGGUACCUACGGUGUUGUCUACAAGGCUCGAGACCUGUCCAAUGGCGGUGCCAUUGUGGCCCUGAAGAAGAUCCGACUCGAGGCCGAAGACGAAGGUGUCCCCAGCACGGCCAUCCGCGAGAUCUCGCUGCUCAAGGAGAUGAAGGACGACAACGUGCUGCGCCUACUCAACAUUGUACACGCCGAUGGUCACAAGCUCUACCUCGUCCUCGAGUUCCUCGAGCUCGAUCUGAAGAAGUUCAUGGAGUCCCUUCCCGUCUCCGAGGGCGGACGCGGCAAGUCUCUGCCCGACGGCGUGAGCCGCCGCGUGCAGGCCAUGGGCAUGGGCGACGCCGUUGUGCGCAAGUUCAUGAUGCAUCUCUGCCUGGGACUGCGCUACUGCCACUCGCACCGCGUGCUGCACCGCGAUCUCAAGCCGCAGAACCUCCUCAUCGACGCCGACGGCAACCUGAAGCUGGGCGAUUUCGGUCUGGCGAGGGCGUUUGGCGUCCCGCUCCGUACGUACACGCACGAGGUCGUCACGCUAUGGUACCGCGCGCCCGAGAUCUUGCUGGGCGGGCGACAGUACUCGACCGGUGUCGACAUGUGGUCGGUGGGCUGCAUCUUUGCCGAGAUGUGCACCCGAAAGCCCCUUUUCCCUGGUGACUCUGAGAUUGACGAGAUCUUCAAGAUCUUCCGUGUUCUCGGAACGCCCUACGAAGACGUCUGGCCCGGCGUCACGUCGUACCCCGACUACAAGGCGACAUUUCCCAAGUGGCGCCGCGACUACGGCGCUGCGCUCUGCCACAACCUAGAUGACAGAGGUCUCGACUUGCUGGAGAUGAUGCUCGUGUAUGAUCCUGCGGGUCGCAUCUCCGCCAAGUCGGCCGUCAACCACCCCUACUUUGAGGGGUACUGGGACGAGGAGAAGCUGACAAACGGAGACACGCACUAG